UUACAUGUACACUAUUUACUCGCCGUUGUUUUUCAACAGUUAAAAAAAGAUACUCCGAGAAAAACCACUCGAUUAAAAUCCAAGAUGUGUACAUAGAAGGUUCCACGCGUAAUGAGCUACAAACACUGAUGAUCCACGCUUUUGUUUACGCGAUCGGUCAUACUCGUGUUGAAUGUCACGUAGACCCCGUAAGAAGAGGGACAUUAAUGAUCGUUGAAAGUAAUAACGUCAUAAAGAUAAAAACUAUUAGAAACAAUGAAGUGAGUACUUUUGGUCAUAUAUAGGUAACGUUUGCGCGUACCGGCAGUUCCACCAAGUCCUAAAAUAGUACAGCUUCGACGCUAACAUUUACUCGAACUAAGAAGAUUUCAUUGGCAAGGAGCUGGUACGUCAGUGUGUUUUGCAGAGCAGCUGUCGUUUGAGCACUACAGCAGGAAAUAUGCCGUGUCCAUUUCUCACCCGGCUCUCAGCCAACUACGUGCGUAACUAUGGGGCUUCGGUAAUUAUGAAUUACCGGCAACACUGCCCCGUCAUGUCGAGGAUGGCUAGCAGUCUAACGGAUUCCUCUGCCGUGGAGAAGCCGUCUAAUGCUACUGAGACGAGUCCACUGCUUGAUCCAAGUGCAAACAAGUGCCCCUUCUUAUCUAAGGAAAGGGAUGCUAUCAAGGAAGCUAGCUCUGCUGUCAAGGAAGAUAUCAUUAAUCUUGCUGAGACUCCUAAUAAGCAAGAUAACACCUUCAAGUAUGAAGAGUUUUUCCAUGAGCAAAUUAUGCGCAAGAAAAAAGACCAUUCCUAUAGAGUGUUCAAAAAGGUCAACCGCCUAGCACGACAGUUUCCUGCUGCUAUGGAGUAUUCCUGGGGGGAAAAGCCUAUUACUGUUUGGUGCUCAAACGAUUAUUUGGGAAUGUCUAGACAUCCUGAGGUUAUUAAUGCUGUGCGAGAAGCACUGGAUACUUUUGGAGCUGGAGCUGGUGGCACCCGAAAUAUUUCUGGUAAUUCCAUGGGUCAUGAAAAACUGGAGAACAGACUAGCCAAAUUGCAUCAAAAGGAUGCAGGAUUACUUUUCACCUCUUGUUUUGUGGCCAACGAUUCAACAUUGUUCACUUUAGCCAAGAGUCUACCUGGAUGUCAUAUAUUUUCUGAUGCUGGCAAUCAUGCUUCUAUGAUACAAGGAAUCAGAAAUAGUAAUGUUCCAAAGCAUAUUUUCCGUCACAAUGAUGUAGCUCAUCUAGAAGAGUUACUGUCAAAAGUCGACAAGCGUGUUCCAAAAAUUGUUGCCUUUGAAACAGUUCAUUCAAUGUCUGGAGAUAUUUCACCACACGAGCAGUUGUGUGAUGUGGCUCACAAGUAUGGCGCCUUAACAUUUGUUGAUGAGGUGCAUGCUGUAGGUCUAUAUGGUUUUCAUGGGGCAGGAGUAGGUGAAAGAGAUUACUGUCUUCACAAGAUGGAUAUAAUAUCUGGUACAUUAGGAAAAGCUUUUGGAAACAUUGGAGGAUACAUUGUUGGUACAUCUAAAUUAAUUGAUAUGGUUAGAAGUUAUGCAGCAGGCUUUAUAUUUACAACAUCUUUACCGCCAACUGUUUUGUAUGGUUCAUUGAAAUCCAUUGACAUUCUCGCUUCUGAUGAAGGAAGAUGUUUAAGAGCAACUCAUCAGAAAACUGCUGCAUAUAUGAAAUCUGCCCUUAAUAAUGCUGGACUACCUAUAAUCCCAUCAGCUUCACAUAUCAUUCCGUUAAAGAUAGGGGAUCCACUAUUGUGUAGUGAAAUCGCUGACACAAUGCUCAAAGAAAAAGGUCACUAUUUGCAAGCAAUAAAUUACCCUACCGUUGCUAAAGGUGAAGAAAGAUUACGGAUAGCUCCAACACCUAAGCAUUCAGAGGAAAUGGUUGAUAAGUUUGUACAAGAUACUUUAGAAGUCUUUCAAUACUUGAAUGUACCUAAGAUUGAAGUUCAAAAACCAACUGAAAUGGUUUCCAGAGCUAUUUUGGUACAUUGACAAUCGUCAUUGUAAUUAAGAAUGUGUGUGUUAUAAAUUGUACAUUAUGCAUCAACAAAAAAGAGAGUUUAUUUAUGUUGAUAUAUAAUCCUAUUUAAAAAUAUGUUAUUCUAUUGUUGAAAGGAUCAAAUGUUUAAAUGAAAGGGAUACUGCAAAAACAUAACAUU